AUGAGUUCACAAUAUUUGCAAAAUGUACAUAGUCAACAUUGGUCAAAUCCUUGUGAACCAAAUCCAUGUCGGGCAGGUAAAUGUGAAUUAAUAUCAAAAGUCAAUUAUACUUGUCAUUGUGUUCAGUACGUUCACGGUCAUUUAUGUGAAAAAUUAAACUAUGAACAAAAACCUUGUGACAGUAAUCCGUGCUAUCAUCAAGCUCUAUGUACAAAUAAUGCAGAACAAUCUUAUACUUGCCUUUGUCCACCAUCUUAUAGUGGAAAACAUUGUAGAAAGAAUGUGGGUGAAUGUAACUGUUUAAAUGGUGGAAGUUGUCAAAAUACUUCUUCAAAUGGCUUAUCGUAUCGUUGUCAAUGUCCCCCGUUGUUUACGGGUUCGUUAUGUGAACACGAUUUACACAAUGUAACAUUUUGUUCUCAUAGUCCAUGUCAACAUAAUGGAACAUGUAUAUUAAUCUCAGCACCAAAUGGUAUUUGUUUAUGCGAACCUGGAUAUGUUGGAGCUUAUUGUGAGAAACGAAUACCAUUUUGUCAAGAUAAUCCUUGUAGAAAUAAUGGUACGUGUAUUCCGUCUGGCGUUGAUGGUCAAUGUUUGUGUUCACCUGGUUACUCUGGAACUGUUUGCGAACGCUCUUUAAAAACAUUUUGUUCGUCAAAUCCAUGCCGUAAUGGAAGUACAUGUAUAGUGAUUAAUCAUACGGGUGACGGAUUUUGUUUAUGUUCAUCAGAUCAUGCCGGUCCAUAUUGUGAAUACAUUACACCCGGUGCAUGUCGAAAAAAAUGUCAGAAUGAAGGACGAUGUGCUGUAAUUGAUAACAAAUAUGGACGAUGUAUCUGUCCAAAAGAUGUGACAGGUUCCUACUGUGACGCACCUCUACAUCCAUGUGCACCGAAUCCAUGUAAAAAUGAAGGAAUAUGCGUUCAUGAAACCACGUCACUGAAUCAUUAUAAAUGUAUUUGUACAUACGGUUAUUCUGGUGAGAAUUGUACAGAAAAUUUGAAUCGUUCCUUUUGUUCAUCGAAUCCAUGUCAAAAUAAUGGAACUUGUCUCGAAAGUCCAACAUCGGGAGAUGGUAUUUGUAGAUGUGACGAUGGAUUUGGUGGUGCGUUUUGUGAAGAAACAAUAACGUGUGGUAAUCAGCCAUGUGCUCAAUAUCAAGUGUGUUUAGCUGAAACAUGUGUCAAUGUUACUGGAGAACUCUAUUGUCUUUUACACGAAUGUGAACAUGGAGGAACGUGUGAUCCAGAAACGAGAAUUUGUCAAUGUCAGGAGGGCUUCGGAGGACCAAGGUGUGAGUUGAGAAGUAAUUUUUGUACAGAAAAUCCUUGUAUGAACAAUGGAACGUGUAUAGCAGCAACAAGUAAAUGUAUGUGCGAGAAAAAAUAUAUGGGAAAAUAUUGUGAAGAUAAGCGAUUUUUAGGAAAAAAAAGCAAAAAAACGUAG